AUGUCCAGCUACUGCAGCGACUCCAGUCACACCAUGGAGUGGGAAGAGGCAUAUGAGUGCAGAGAAUCCACCGAGACCAACGAACUCAUCGAGUUCAAUACUGCUAUACAGACCAUCAAGCCCGUCUGGCCAUUCCUACCCCUUAAUCUCAAGCGAUACUUCCCAACCAGCGAGAGCGAGAGCUACGAGUUUGAAAACUUCGAAGUCAGCCCCGAUCCAGAAGAAGAGAACGAGCUCUUUCAAGCCCAAAGGCUCUAUUUCCGAGAUUUUGCCAACCGCACCAAGCGAUACCUCUGCUUGAUAAUUAUAUACGGCCAUUCCUUCCAUGAAGAAGCAUGCAAAGAAGCGUUACGGAUAUCCUGGCAUCGCAACUGGAAGAAGAUGUCUUCAAAGGCAAUAAUGGGGCUUAUCAUUGACGAAGAGAAACAGGCUUGGUUCCGAGGGAGUCACACUGACGAGACAUAUAUUAAGAAAAUGGGCAGCAACUGGGUUGCGAAUAAUGAGUGUAUGCUGAGAACGUACUUUCGUACUUUUCGGCGCGCGUUGAGGAGACAUGCUCCUAGCCCGGGGUAUGAUCCUGCAUUUGAGUCUGGGUCCGAAAGUGAGUUGAACUCUGUUAUGCAAGUGUGGGUGUCGGAUAAGGAUGUGGAUGUUCCUGCUCGUCCUGGUUCUGCGUUCUGGUCAUGA